AUACGCCCCUUCCGAAAAACUAGCCGCCUCCAAAUCUGACGAACAUUCCGUUCUGUCAAACUAUUAAAGAGUCAAGAUGUCGCCAGUCUUCGUAGGGCUCACUAACUCUCACCAACCAUCAAGCUUAAACUUUGAAACCUUCAACGCAUAACCUUUCUCUAUAUCUAUCUACCCCGAGCAACAUGCGCUCUCUGACUCCUUUUCUGGCUCUUGUAGCUUCAGCUACUUGUGCCGACAUCAAGAUCUUCUGGCAGCACGCGAAAUCUUCGAGUCAGACGUUGCUAAGCGUGUUCGAUGGCUCCAAGCUCGUCGCCCAGACCUGUUCGAGCAUCAUCGCAGGCACUCCGCAUAGCAUCGACUUCUCCGACCUGAACGAAAACGGCUCCGGCAAUUUCAGCAUCGGUGACGCCAAGUAUUUGGCUCACUCCAACCCCGAGUACUCCGGAGGACCAAUCUGUACCAAGAAGUACAAUGCCGACGUUGCUGUCGUCGAGUGCUCCCGUGUUAACUGGGCUCCUUCUGCUGAUGCCGCCAUUGAGGAGGACUGCCACGAGGACGAAAAUGUCAGAGCCGCUAUGCGAUUCUUCACUUCCAGCAACCGUGAGAUAGCCCAUGAAUCUACCGGAGUAGCCCGAAUCAGGCGCAGCGUGUCUUCGAGGCAGUGCCAGAUUGAAACAGCCACCAGUCUCAUAGGAGAUGGCAAUCCCCAUCAAAACUUCUAUGACAAGCAGCUUUCGGAAAACCUUAACUGCGGCGCAUCAUCAUCCUGCAGCGUUGGCCAUGAUGUCGAAACGUCAUACACCAUUGGAUGGUCCGCGGAUGUGGGUGCCUUCGGCUGGAUCAGUGGCGGAUUCGCUGUCCAGCAGACUUGGACGACUGGCGAUACCUACACCUGUUACGCCGGCCAAGGCGAAACAGUCUGCAUUUGGUACAACACCGCUCACACGGCUUAUACGGUCCGCAACGCCGAAUUGAAUACCUGCGAAGGUGGCGGAUGGCUCCCCUCGGGCGAUCCGUUUGUCAUGUAUUCUCCCAACCAAGCGAAUCGCGGCGGUGGCUACUACUGUGUUGUCGGCACUUGUCGGGCUAAGGGAGACGCCUAUUGGGACAAGAGCGGCCGUGCUGGUGGUCCUUAAGAGAGGCGUAUCGUUAGGAUGCCAUAACAUGGGCCAGCCGGGCUUUGACAUCGACGGUAUCAGGAUAAGCGGUGGCAACUGACACGGAACAUGGAUGACAUUUGUUGAACUACGUGUCGAAAUUUCUAAAACAUAUUCGAAAGGCGCAUCAGAGUGUCGCUCAGAUGUCGUUGACAAUGAC